AUGGAGGACGUUUAUACAAUUAAAGUGAAAACAAAGCCUGACACGAGAAACUUAUAUCCAUCUGAAAGAAGAUAUUCAGCUUCGACUGUGUCUGGACUAGCUUGGGUGCAUAUUGCUCUAGCUAGCACAUCAUUUCUGUUAGCUUGCCUCGCUGUAGUCAACCCAAAUGUUGAACAAACAAAAAACGACACAAGGACGGAUAAUUCAACGAAUGUUGAUGAAAAAACGAAUACCAUGUACAUAUUAGUUCUCGCCCCGACCCUGCUUACUUUUUUUGCCUUAGCUGCUGGAGUUGCCUCUAUUUUCGCUUCAGUUAAAUGGUACAUAGACAGAAAUAUCACUUGGUUGUUUAUCAUGUCGUUGUUGUCAACGGUUUUCUCGUUAAUUUCAUUUAUUAUGAUUAUAGUAUGGUUAUUAACUAGUGAAGAUGAUUUGUCAGAGUUUUAUAAAGACAAAAUACCAUUCAAAGAAAUUUUUAUUAUCAAACAUUCAGAUGUAAUAGAUAGAAACGGAUCGCACUUUGUCAUACCAAGAAAUACGACAGAAGUGAAGGAAGUGGAUUCAAAGAUCUUUACUAAGAAAGUUUUAUCAAUAAAUAUUCUGAUAGCAGCGUUCAUAGAACUUCUAUGGUCAAUUUUAAGUGUGAAAAUAGCUUAUAAAGGAAUGAAGAGUAGUUACAAGGAGGGGGAUGAGAGGCGAGGUAACUGUAUAUCAGUGGUGACAACAAUCAAAGGUAAUAACACAAAAAAAUUGCCAAGAAAUGGUAAAAUUCGAAAACCUGAUUUAAUAGAUCAUUACCCAAGCAGAAAAAUAAAGAAAAUAUUUCUUGCUCAGAACGACAAUGGAUUUUACUUGAAGAAUCAAAAUAACAAAUUGAAGCCAAAUACUGAAACUAGUUCAGAGUUUUAUAAGGAGAGAAUGAUGAAUUUCUUAAAUAAAUGUGCUGAAGGGGUCUCCAAUGCUGAUAUACGGACCCCCAGUGUACAAUCAGAAGGGGUACUAAACCCAAUACCAGAAAUAGCAAGUGUUGAUACAAGUGUACAGGAUAAUAAGGAGGCUAAAGAGUCCCGGGUAACUCCAGUAAGUUGGGGAGAUACACCAGACCAUACAGUUUAUAAUCAAAAUACAAUAAGCUUUGAGAAAAUUUUCAAUUUCAAGAAGAAACUUGUAAUUGAAAAGGAGGAAUGUGAAAAUACUCAUGUU